AUAAAUAAUUACAAAUAGUUUUUAAUUACCAUUAAAUAAAUAAUAAGAAAUAUUUUAGAUCAAUCCAAACAAAGGGUAAGUAAACGUUGUUUAGAUUAAGCCAAACAAUGGGUAUCUGCCGAAUGGGUGCUUUUUUAAAUUUCUCAUAUUCUCUUCUUCUUUCCUUUAUACAAUAUAUUGUUUUCCCUGUUACUCUCUAUCAGGAAUUAUGGCUUCUUCUUCUUCUUCUUCUUCUUCCUUGAUCCCUCUUCAAUCGAAGAAUUACGAUGUGUUCAUUAGUUUUAGAGGUGACGAUGUCCGCCUUGGUUUUCUCAGCCAUUUGCGUGAAGCUUUUAUCCAAAACGAAGUCAAUGCCUUUGUGGAUGAAAAACUUGAUAGAGGAGAAGAGAUCUCAUCCUCCCUCUUGGAAAUAAUUGAACAAUCACGCCUUUCUGUGGUCAUUUUCUCUGAAAAUUAUGCUUAUUCUCCCUGGUGUAUGGAUGAACUUAUGAAGAUACUUGAGUGCAAGAAAGACAUGAGACAAUUGGUUUUACCGGUUUUCUACUGUGUAGAUCCAACCCAUGUUCAAGAACUUACAGGUAACUUUGGAGCUGCACUUGCUAAGCAUAGGGAAGAUUUCAAGAACUCUUUAGACAAGGUGGAGAGCUGGUGCCAAGCUUUGAGAGAAAUUGCUGGGAUGGCAGGGUUGGUUUCCCAUAACAUUAAGCCUGACUCCGAGCUAAUUAAGGAAAUUGUCAAACACAUUUCAGAAAAAUUAAAUGAUGGGGUUCCAAGUGAUUCUUAUGAUAAAGGGUUAGUAGGAAUUGAUUCCCGUGUCAAGGAUGCUGAAUCCUUAUUAUGCCCGAGUCCAUGCGCGAUGCUUUGCAAAUGUCGUGAAAAGUUUGAAAAGUGCGGACGGAUGUCAGAUUUAAAGGAAAUCCUUUUUCAAGUAUUAGGAAGGGAAACUUGUAAUUUAGGUCUGUCCACCAGGAGACGGUUGUCACGAGAAAAAGUUCUCUUUGCUCUUGAUGAUGUGAGUGAUUCAGAUCAAAUAGAACGUUCCAUGGGAAAUCCAGCUAUGUACGGUCCAGGGAGUAAAUUCAUUAUAACAAGCAGAGAUAAACAGCUGCUUAGGAACAUGGAGGCUCAGAUAUAUGAAGUUGAGAAAUUGAAUGACUGUGAAGCUUCUUGGCUUUUUGGCUUCCAUGCCUUCAAACAAGAUAAUGUAGGAAAAGAAUAUAUGGUGUUUUCAAAGAAGGCAGUUAAAUAUGCUCAAGGCAAUCCAUUAGCCAUUAAAGUUUUGGGUUCCAAUUUAUAUAGUAGAAGUGUGAAAGAAUGGGCAGAUGAAUUAGAAAAAUUGGAAGGUACAUCUGAUGAAAAAGUUCAGAGAAUAUUGAGACUAAGUUAUGAUGCUCUAUCUGCACAUGACAAGGAAAUUUUUCUUGACAUAGUGUGCUUCUUCGAAGGGAAAGAUAAAGUUCGUGUUGAAAAUAUACUGGGUACCCCUGGCUCAAUAAUUGGAAUCAGUCGUCUAGCUGAUAUGUCUCUUAUUUCUAUUGCAAAUAACAAGUUACAUAUUCAUGACUUGCUGCAACAAAUGGGCAAGGAUAUUACUUGCGAGGAAAAACAGAUUGGACAACGUAGCAGACUGUGGCAUCCUAAGGAUAUAUAUUACCUGUUGACAAGAGCUGAGGGGACUGGAGCAAAUAAAGGUAUAUCGCUGGACAUGUCCAAUAUCAGAGAGGUGGAACUAAGUCCUACGGUCUUUGAGAGAACGUACAAUCUCAAGUUUCUCAAGUUCUCUCUGCUCAAGACUACCAAACAGAGUUAUCGUGACCGGUAUCAAUGCCCUUUGAAAUAUGUGCCAUUGAGUUCAUGUGCUGAGAAUCUUGUUGAUCUUUGCCUGACUAAUAGCAAAAUUAGGGAACUUUGGAAUGGAGUUCAGCAUCUUGGAAAUUUGAAAUAUGUUAACCUCAGCUUCUCUAAGGAUCUAAUCAGAAUUCCAGACUUGUCUGGAUGCCCAAAUAUUGAGGUUCUUGAUUUGUAUACAUGUACAAGUUUGGUUGAAAUUCCCCCAUCUAUAAAAUGUUUGAGCAAACUUACUUCACUGUGUCUAACAAGUUGUGCAAGUCUUUGCGAUUUACCGAGCUUGCUUCAUUUGAAAAGUCUUGAGGUUCUUUUCGUACAGGAUUGCCCAAAAAUCAUAGAGUUUCCAGUGGUUCCAUGUGAUAUAAGGGGUUUAAAUAUGGGUAGAAAUGCAAUAGAGCAAGUGCCCUCAUCAAUUGGGGGUCUCUCUCAUCUUUAUUUGUUGGAUUUGGGUUGGUCGACGGGGCUUGAAAGUCUUCCAGACAGCAUUUGCAAUCUCAAAUCUCUCAGAGAAUUUCGUAUCGGUCGCUGUGGGAACCUAAAGGAACUUCCGGAGAACUUGGGGAAUUUAGAAUCUCUAGAGAGGCUUUUAGCAGAUGGCUCUGCUAUAAAAGAAUUACCAGACAGCAUUUGCAAUCUGAAAAAACUUGCGACAUUAUCAGUUGAGAGAUGCGUGAAUCUCCUUGGUCCGCAAAGAAACUGGGAAUUUAAAGUCUCUAGAGAAUCUUUAUGCCAUUGGUAUCGAAUCUCUAAAGGUGCUUGGGCAUAUGGUAAUCGUAUAAAAGAAUUACCGGACAGCUUUGGCAAUCUGAAACAACUUACGUGGUUGACAUUUCGAUCACGUAGUUCUGCAUGUACCGCCAGAGAGCUUUGGGAAUUUAGAAUCUUUGGGGCGUACACGGCAUCUGCUCGUAUAAAAAGACUACCAUCUUUGACAGGGUUUCCUCUUCUAGGGGUGGCUAAUCUAGAUUUUUGUGGCCUGCUAGAAUUUCCUAGCACUCUUUGCCAUAUAGUGUCAUUGAAAGAAUUGUACAUUGGUGGAAAUAAUUUCGAGACAAUACCAGAUACCAUCAAAAAACUUUCAAGACUAGUUCAACUUGAAUUAAGUGAUUGCAUGAGACUAAAAUAUUUGCCAGAGCUUCCAUCUCUCAGCAUAUUAUCUGCAAAUAAUUGCACUUGUCUUGAAUCAGCAUCCUGUUUAUUCCAACUCCAGAGUAUUAAAGCUUUACAAUUUGGCAACUGCAUCAAUUUGGAUGGGGAUGAAUGUAGUAAAAUUGUGGACCAUUUAUUGGCAACUCCUUGGCAGAGGGAAGUGGCGUUAUGUUUCCCUGGAAGUGAAGUGCCACAAUGGAUCAAGUAUCAGAAUGACUCUGGAUCUUCUUUCUUUUUGUCAUUUAGACAACUGGAGCAGGGGAAAUCUACCUGUUUCACAUUUUGUGCUGUUUUUGAUCCCAAAGUUUGUCAUCCUUAUCAUUUCCAAAGAAUUGGAUGCACAGUCCAUUUCAUAAACGAGUCUGGACAUAGCCAAUAUCAAUUUGAUCACUAUUGGGAUGAAAAGAAUUUUCUUGUUGGUUACGAUAGGACAGAUAGAAUGGUUGUUCAUUCAGAACACAUCUUCUUUUGGCGUUCUUCUCUUAAUUUCAUACAGAAUAGCAUGGUCUUUCAAUUUUUUGUUGAAGAUAUUAAAAAACGACGCAGUUACAAUGGGAUAGUUAAGUGUUGUAUCCAUCUAGAGGAGGAGGAGGAGCCUCCCCUUAAAAGACUGAAACAUGGCGAUGAACAACCACCUCAGGUUACUUUUAAAGCGCUGGGCGGUGGAUAUGAUUUCUCUCUUGACAUAAAUACUCUCACUCGCUAAUAAUCGCCAAAGAACAUGUCAUUUUCCUCUCCAAAUGGAAUGGAUGAUAGGAAGAUAUGUUUCUUGUCCUCAAUUCUCGCUUACAGGGAAGUGUGCAAACCUAUGUUUCUAAGGUCCUUCAAUUGCAAGGAUGCAAAAUGAAUGCGGACUGGUUUCAGCAGAGCCAAGGAUUAUGUGGGAUAAAUCAUUUACAAUCAGAGUGUGAGAUAGAUGUUCAAUUGAUUGCUUGUCAAGAAAGCAUUUCUUUGAUAGGAAGAAUCCGCAUUGCCAGAGCUAAUACAUUAGGAAUUGCAUACAUAACUUUGCUUAGAAAUUUUAUUUAGUAUUCACUGGAGCAAGAAGAAGAUAAAGGGUUAAUGUAAUCCUUAGUCCUAGCUACUAAAUAACUUGAUUAACCAUUUUGGAUCAGGUGAUUUAAGGAUGAAAGUUAUUUAAGUCAGUUAAGUCAGUUGGGCUAGGGUGUUUAUUAUUAUUAUUAUUUUGCAGGUUAGCCAGCAUGGUUAAGGGAAUACUUUGAGCGCA